AUGGAGUCUUCGAGCAGCUUUGCUCCCCCAAAAGAGCCCGUGGAUCCAGACUACUCCUGGCCGCUUGUUCUCUUGACAGACCUGGAUGAAACUAGACAAGCGCAGCUUGUUAGGCUUGUGCAGUGGGCCCUUAAGAAGGACCUCAAAUCUUACUACAAGCACUAUUUCGGAAAUGAAUUCCAAGGGAAACCCAACUCUAAAGUGAAGAUAUGGUCGCCACCCAGACAGCUCCUCGAGUCUAUCGUGGCACAGGGUCCCGAAAGAGACAGCGCAAGUAACAUCCAUGCUCUUGCUGUCUUAGCGUAUCGGUCAGGUCGCCCAAGAAUCAUCGUUGCAGAUGAGGCAACUAAACGCCAUCUCUCUGGAAAUCACAACCCUUCGUUUGACGACAAACAUGUCAUAUCGGUAAUCUUGAUAUCUGUCGAAAAAUUGCACGAUGAUCCGGACAAGAUUUCUGUACAUGCGAAGCGUGCUAAUUGCCUUCCACCGCCGCUUUCACCGCCACGUCAGUAUGAGGAGCCUGUUGGUCCUGAUAUUCCUGAUGACUCUGAUGACUCUGAUAGCCCUGAAGGUCCUGCUGGUCCUUCUGAUACGGAUGAUUCUGCUUAUGAUGGUUCUGUUUAUAAUUUCAUGCACAACGAUCCAGUCUAUGGGGGAUCAUUCCAACCACCGGUCUUCGACUCCACCAACUUAUAUUGGGGGCCCCUUUGGAGUCAAAUAUGCGACUGGAGAGGCUUCAUAAUGCAUGACCCCGAUCAAGAGCCGUUCACAGUUGGCUCGGCAGUUCUUGGGCGAGAGCGCCAUCUGAAGGCUGUAGCUGCCGCGUUAUCUCCCUCUUUGCCUAUGGAACUCGUAAUCAACGUAUCACAUACGCAACCCAGUCUCCCGAAGAUGCCCGUUUGGGAGCGUCGUCCGAGUAAGACACAUUUACUCAUAUUUCUCCUCUAUCAUACCACAUCGGAGGAGCUUCACAAGACGCAAAAGGAAAUCCAAGAUGCACUCCCUUCCAUUAUGAAACAAAUUGCCCUGGAAUGUGGAAGUGGUGAUGAAAGCUUUGGAUAUUGUGUCGCACGCUCUGGCCGUCUCUUCGAACCUCUCCAAAUAACCACCGUAGAACUGAUUCCACGGGAUCGGCACCGCCUCAGGACCCGACGGGAGCUUUCAACUUUCUGGAAGCAAUACUAUCCGUGGGCUGCUGAUUUCCACCAGAAUAGAAAGGGUGUGCCUCUGCUCUAUCUCAGCGAGCCUCUCUCCAAUCUCAACACGUCACAAUUCGGCGUUAUCAAUGCCAUGCGUGGGGCACCAAUCAUGUUUCGGGGGACUUUGCCCGCUAUCUUCAUGGACCUAGCAACGCGUGGUAGUCUGUUAAUUCCAAGCCCUGAUUCCAAAGAGAUGGAGAUGCUAUACCACCCAGAUCAACCAUGCUUCUUAGUUGAGUACUUAUGGCACGGAAUGACCGAUGACACGCGGUCUGUAAUCUUCCUCACAAAUCGCCUAACCAAGGAACAGACCCAGAGACUCCAGGAAAUCAGGGUACGCGAUGAAUCUGACGACGAGGAAUCCGAGGAUGAUGAAUACGAUGAUGAGCUCGGUCAUGAGUAUGUGCCUGUGCCUUGGAGGAAUGGGAACCCUGGCGUGACUGAUGGGAAGGUCAAAGACAUCUGGCAGAUCAUCACUAAUAUCUAUCUCUCCUGGACUGAUAAUGAAGAUAUUCUCUUUAUCUUUGUUGAUGCACAGUUUGCACUCGACGAAACGGUUAUCCUGGUCAGAGCUGAUGAGUACACCGAUUGUGACCCGGAACAUGAACUUCUUAGACAUCUGCCGUUUUCGUGCUUAAGAGGCUUCCGGUAUAUGCGCGUCCCCGUACAUCUGACAGGCUCACGUGCAAAAAACGAAGCAAUUGACGGCGAAUGGUCAAGCUAUCGGAGGCCGGGUUGGCCGUCACCGGGGCUACUGCCUAACGAUGAAGCUCAGGGAAUUCAUGUUGUUGAUGGGGACUCCUUUCCAUGA